AACACCUCUCAUAAAUCUCUUGAGAGCAACCGUCAGCUCUAUCAACCACCAGUUUUCUUCCUUUAUCCCACUUAACGAAUAAUCACCAUGGAGGACGAAGUCGCUGCUCUCGUUAUUGACAACGGCUCCGGCAUGUGCAAGGCUGGCUUUGCUGGUGACGAUGCCCCUCGUGCCGUUUUCCCAUCUAUUGUUGGUCGCCCUCGUCACCAGGGUGUCAUGGUUGGAAUGGGCCAGAAGGACUCUUAUGUCGGUGAUGAGGCCCAGUCCAAGCGUGGUAUCCUCACCUUGAAGUACCCCAUCGAGCACGGUAUCGUCACCAACUGGGAUGACAUGGAGAAGAUCUGGCACCACACCUUCUACAACGAACUCCGUGUCGCCCCUGAGGAGCACCCCGUCCUUUUGACCGAGGCUCCCCUCAACCCCAAGGCUAACCGAGAGAAGAUGACUCAAAUCAUGUUCGAGACCUUCAACGCCCCCGCCUUCUACGUCGCCAUCCAGGCCGUCCUCUCUCUGUACGCCUCCGGUCGUACCACUGGUAUCGUCCUCGAUUCCGGUGAUGGUGUCACCCACACCGUCCCCAUCUACGAAGGUUUCGCUCUCCCCCACGCCAUCCUUCGUCUCGAUCUCGCUGGUCGUGAUUUGACCGACUACUUGAUCAAGUGCUUGGGUGAGCGUGGCUACCCCUUCACCACCACCGCCGAGCGAGAGAUCGUCCGUGACAUCAAGGAGAAGCUUUGCUAUGUUGCUCUCGACUUCGAGCAGGAGAUGCAAACCGCUGCUCAGUCUUCUUCCCUCGAGAAGUCCUACGAGCUUCCUGACGGCCAGGUCAUCACCAUCGGUAACGAGCGAUUCCGUGCCCCCGAGGCUCUCUUCCAACCCGCCUUCCUCGGUCUCGAAGCUGCCGGUAUCCACGAAACCACCUACAACUCCAUCUUCAAGUGCGAUCUCGAUAUUCGUCGAGACUUGUACGGAAACGUUGUCCUCUCUGGUGGUACCACUAUGUUCUCUGGUAUCGCUGAUCGUAUGCAGAAGGAGUUGCUCGCCCUCUCUCCUGCAAGCAUGAGGGUCAAGAUCGUUGCCCCUCUCGAGCGUAAAUACUCCGUCUGGAUCGGUGGUUCCAUCUUGGCAUCGCUCAGCACCUUCCAAAACCUCUGGUGUUCCAAGCAGGAGUACGACGAGUCGGGUCCUGGCAUUGUUCACCGCAAAUGCUUCUAAACGACCUCCUUACGACCCUUUGCAAACUACUAUCACGAUAAUGUUGGGUGUGUGGGCUGAAGGCUGCAAAGGUUGCUUUAGCGAGAUUUGGGCGUUGUUGUUGGGUAUUACGACGAUGUUCAGCCUCUCGAUCGGAGUAGUAUCUUUGUAGAUCGUCAUUGCUUGCGUGCUGUUUUUGUUUCCCUCUCUUCCGCGAAGAAGUUACACAUAUAAUCCGUCUUUUUUUCUUUUUCUACUUUUUCGAGAUUCAAUUUGAGAUAUAAAGCGGCAAUGAAUAUAGUUAGUAUUUGGACG